AUGUAUAAUAGCAAUGAAGAUGAGGAGGAGAAUUAUCCAAGAAACAGGAGAAGCAAUUCUUCGGACAGCGCGAAUGGAAACCUAAACGAGUCUAUGAAUAAUUACAAUCAUUACAAUAACUUCAACAGAUUUCAUGAACAGAACAUGCAAUCAUGUAAAAUGGAUGAAAUAUAUGUAGAUGAUAGUUAUGAUGAAAAUAACAAUUAUAGCCAAAAGGGAGAAAAAUUAGAGGAGAAUAACAAUUUCGAAAUUAAUAAGAAUAUAAAAUUCGACGGACCAUACAGCCAUAAAAAUUUAAGAGGGGUAACUGAAAAUGAAGUAGAAUUAGUCGUAGAUAAUUUUUUUGAUAAAAUUAGAAACAAUGAAGAUGUAUAUUCAGAUUGGAAAGUAUGUCCAAAUUUUAUUUUUAGAAUUCUAUUUAUAGCAAAAUCAAGGUCUAAUAAUUAUAUGUACCCAAUUGCAUCGUCCUUUAUUGAAGCUAUGGCAAAAGAUGACUGGGUUCCUGAUUGGGGGUUCAGUAGUGUACAGUAUUAUAUUAUUUUAAUAAAUUUAGCUGAUUAUAGAAAAUCUUAUUACAAAAUUGAUAACUUUAGUUUUUCUCAUUUAAAUGCCGAUAGGGGAUGGCAUAACUUUGUUCCUUUUGAAAAAUUGAGAGAACCAGGUUUUAUAAAUGAAAAUGGACAAAUUGUUUUAAGAGCAGGAGUUUUUCCAUUUGGUUCUGAAUCAUUUAAAAAUAGUAGAGAUGUAAAUUAUGAUAGUAAAACAAGAACAGGAUUUGUUGGUCUCAAAAAUCAUGGUGCAACAUGUUACAUGAAUGCAUUGUUACAACUGCUUUAUCACAUUAACAUUUUUCGUAAAGCUGUCUGUAUGAUGAUUUUUAAUAUUGAAGACAUUAUUGGUAAGAAUACGUUAGAAUUUUUUAAGAAAAAAUUUGAAAAAAAAAAGCGUGCAAAUAAAAUGUCUUUAAAAAGGGAAAAGAGCAGCACUAUCCAAAUGAUCGAUUCUCUGGAUAUGAACGAUAAAAAGGAUAAGAAUAGAAAGAAUAAAAAAAAAAAAUUGGAUGAAUUUGGAGGUCCCGAUUCGGAGCACUUCAAAGCUUCUUCCCCUAUGAGAGUUGUGUCUGAUACACAUAAUAAUAACAAACAGGAAGAUUGUCAUUAUGAUAAUAUUUUCCAUGUCGAAAAUGGAACUUCUAACGAUUCGAAGAUCAUUUUUGAAAAGAUAGAACAACAUCAAGUGGAUAGAGGAAGUGCAAAUAUGCCAAUAAAGAACGACAACAGAAGCGAGAACUUUCUAAUAAAUCCUCCAAAUAAGACAGAUGAGAGCGGAAAGGAUAACAGCUCAAAUGGUCAAUUAAAAAAGUUGAAUGAAAAUUUAGCAGGAGUGCAAAAUAACGAACGAGAUAACUCUCCUAUCAGUGGAUCCCCACAAAAGGAACGUAGAUUUGACAGCAUUUAUAAGCAGCAAGAGGAUAAUAACAUGGAAAAUAUAAAGGAGGAAAAAAAUAUUUGUGAACAUGGGCACAGGUUCGUCACGAAUGAAACAGAGGGAAAUAAGGAAAUGGUUGGAGAUGUAGUAGAAGGAGGGGAAUACCAUCAUAGCAAUGAUCUCUCAAACGUGGUUGACAUGGUCGACGUGAGUGGCGUGGAAAACAUAGGAAUAGUGAGGAAUAACAACAUUCCCAAUGUCGCUGUAAAUAAUAAGAAACAUUCAUAUACAAACGUGGCUCUAUCCGAUCCAUUAGUAGAAACAGCAGAAGGACACAACAACGUGAAUAAUAGUAAUAAUAAUAAUAAUAAUGGAGAAUUGUAUUAUGACAAUUCGCUACAUAAAAGCGAAGGAUAUAACAACGAAAUGAUGAUGAAUCAUAAAAAGAGUAAAAAAAAAGGUAUGGUUUAUGAAUCAAAACCAAGUUUAAAAAAAAAAAAAAAAAUUUUUAAAUGCUCAAAUGAGGGAAAAUUUAACGAUAUGGAAAGUAAGGAUAAUGCAUUAUCACCUUUUACUUCAUCUGACAAUUUGUCCAACAUUUCAACCGUAUCGAAAGAUCAGAAUGAAUGUAAUAAAAACACAGUAAUCAAUAACAAUGUGAAUGAUAUAGUACCUGGUACUAAUGUGAACAUGGAGAAUUGCAAUUCAUUAAAUAAUAUCAUGUCAAAAUUUCAAAGAAAUGACGAGGGAGAAGAUCCUGUUUUAAGAAAUUUAAAUUCGCAAAGAAAUAGCUGCCUUGAAGAGGGAGACGUGAAUGUUGCAAAUGAAUCGAGCAGAAAAAUAGGGACUAAUAUUACAAAAGGGAGCAGCGGCUGUAAUGUAGAUGGGGAACAUGAGGAUGAACUUUUAAAUUGUGAUGAUGAUGAUGAUGAUGAUGGAACAUAUUCGGACAGCGAAAUAUCUGUGCUUUCCAUCACUUCGUCUGGUUCGUCUUCCUUUGUAUCAUGCUCAUCGGCCUCUUCGUCUUAUUACUACAAGAACAAAAGAAAAAGCAAAUGUGAGAAAUCGAAGGAAAUAGACUAUAAAAAUAUUUUGCUGGAAGAAGAGAACGAAAAGAAAAAUGUUUUGCCAACAUCAUUGGCACUGCAGAAUUUAUUUUAUAAAUUACAUUGUAUGAAUGAAGCUGUGUCGUGUAAAGAAUUAAUAAGAUCCUUUGGUUGGGAUGCCAGUGAUGUAUUCACACAACAAGAUACACAUGAAUUGCUUAAGCUAUUGCUAGAUAAGGUGGAGGAACAAAUGAAAGGAACGGUAGUAGAAGGAUCAGUUAAGAAAAUGUUCGAGGGGGAAGUUGAAACUUAUAUUGAAUGUUUAGAUAUAGAUUAUAAAAGUGUACGAAAAGAAACAUAUGAAGAUAUUCAGCUAGAUGUGCAAGGAUGUAACAAUAUAUAUGAAUCAUUAGAUAAAGCUAUAGAAGCAGAGAUUUUAGAAGGAGAUAAUAUAUACGAAACAGAUGGCUAUGGAAAGCAGAAAGCAAAAAAAGGUAUGAGGUUUUUAAGUUUUCCAAAUAUAUGUAUAUUUCUGUUAAAAAGAUUUACAUUCGAUUUGCAAAGAAUGGAAACUGUGAAAUUAAACAAUCGAUUUGAAUUCUAUAAAGAAUUAGAUUUAUCAAAAUAUUGCAAAAAUGGAGGAGAAUAUAUCUUACAAGCUGUAUCAGUUCAUCAAGGAAACAUGAACAGUGGACAUUACUACUCCUUUAGUUAUAAGCAUAAUGAAAAUUUCUGGUUAAAAUGUGAUGAUGACAAAAUAUUUAGAGUAAGUGAAUAUUCAGUUAUUAAUGACAAUUUUGGAGGGUAUGAUAUAAAUAUAGACACAGAUUUGUACGACUUUGAUAUAACAGAUAAGAUAAAACAAAGGAUGAAGCAUUAUAGUGCUUAUAUGCUUGUGUAUGUGAAAAAAUCACUUAUUCCAAAAUUAAUCAAAGAAUGUGACCCUGCUGUAGUUAAUCCACAAGUGGUUAAGAGAUGCAAGAUGGAAGAAAUUAUUAACAGAAGAAGGCUUAAAUUGAAACAAGAAAUAUUACAGUAUGUUAAAAUUAGAGUUUUUGAUAAAUAUUCUUAUCUUUAUAAAUCAUUCAAUGAUUUACCACCUGUUGGUAUCCCAUCCCUUUUUAAUAUAAAAUUUGAUAGAGACAAAACAGUUUUGAAUGCUUUUUGUAAAAUUUUGAAAAUAAUUAAAAAGAUUUACAUUUGCAAGAAGAAGAAACGAAUGUCUUACCUCAUGGCCAAGUCCAAGAAAAUUUCAAGGACAAUUCCUUCCAUUGGAGAUUAUGCAUCUUCGUCAAAAAUGAAAUCCAAAAUGACAGAAGGAGAAGUGGAUAAGUAUAGCAACAUGCAUGUGGACGAAAAUUUCAGUCAUCUGAAAUAUUCACAGAAGGGUGAAAGUUACACAAUGGAAGAAGCAUUUAACAAGAACCAAAUGGAAUGUAACAGCAGCAGUGCAAGUCAUAGUGGUAGAGGAAGUCAUAGCGAUAGAAGAAGAGAGGAAGAAGGAUAUCCAUACAGACAUGCAGUGAAAGAUGGCAAAUUGACACAAGAAAAAAAAAAAAAAAAAAAUCAUCAUCAUCAGGAGGAGGAGGAGGAAGAAGAAGAAGCAACAUCAAGAAAUAAUCCAUCCUCGAGGGAAUGGAAUAAACAGAACCAAGAAGAGAGGAUAAGCAGAAAGAACUUAUCAGAAAUAGGAUUGAGAACAGGAUACAAAUUCUCUAAAGAAGGGAAUAAUAGCUCGUCUGAAGAUUCCAUAUCAACAGUUUCUUCAGUACCAUCAUGUUGUAGUAUCAAAUCUAUAGAUAAAUAUAUUAAAUAUUUAUCAAAAAGGAAGUUUGAAAAACAGAGAAAAAGAUCAUCACAUAUGAAUAAUUCAAGAAUGAGAAAUUUUUCAUCAUCCAAUAAUUCGUCCUAUUACUCUUCUUCAUAUUCAUCUAACACAGAUGAUGAUGAUGAAGAAGAAGAGUCUUAUUCAUCCGCUUCCUCAUCAUCCUCUUCCAAUACUUGUAUGAAGGAGAAAAAAUGUUUCUAUGUAUUACUGCCAACAAAUGAUGUUUAUCGAUAUUUUCCAUUGGAUAUGAAAAUAAAUAGUCAAUUAUACUUAUACGAAUUGUUAAAAAAAACGAAUAAAGAAUCUAAUGACUUAUUCCCAACCAUUGACAUUUUAUAUUUGCCUUAUAAUAAAAAUACUUCUAUAUGUAGAAGAAAUGGAAGUUUAAAAAGUAAACAUGUUUUAUUUUUCUUUAAAUAUUUUGAUAUUUAUGGAGAAGAAGAAAUUGGUGAUAAUUCCUUGAUCUGUCUAGACAUAAUAUACUGUGAUGUACUUUUAAAACCAAAAGAGUUAGAAAGUAGAAUUAUUCAACGAAUUUUGAAAGCAAUGAAAAAAGGAUAUAUAACAAAAUAUAAUUAUGAUUUAUGGACAAAUUAUAUAAAUGAUGAUGCAGAUUAUUAUUACCAAGAUGAUCCUUUAAAUUUUAAAAUUUUUAUUGAAUAUAAAAAUAAAUGCAAUUCGGUAAAGUCUAAAAAGAUUAUUGCGCAUAAUAAGAUGAUUCCAGGUGAUAUUCUCAUUUUUAAUUUUUUAAGUAACACAGAUUUGGAAAAGAAAAAAAAUUUUAUUCUCCACCUUGGAACAAGACAAGAAGAUCUUUAUCUUACAGAAGAAAAUCAAAUUACGUAUGAUCUUUUUUUUAAUGCGGAUAUAGUUAGCAAAAUUUUGUAUAAAAAAAAAAAGUUAAUUGAAAAAAUGUACAAUUGUUGUUAUAUUAUUAAUAAUAGGACUGGGGUUUAUUACAAAGUUUUCGCAUGUGCUUCAGAUCCGGGUAUUAGUAAAAGUUUCAACUCGGAUCCACAGGCAUAUUACAUUAGGCGCGAAAGAAAUAGUAAAAAUGGAGAAAUCUCUGCCGGAGAGGAAAGUCAUCCCAAUUUAAGAAAACAGGAAGAAGCUAUUGCAAAUACAAGUGGACAUACGAUUGAUAAUCAGUUAAGUGUGAACAAUUUGUUAAAUGAUGGCUAUUUUGCAAAUUGUGAUACUUCGAAUCAAAGAAAAAAGAAAACAAAAAAAGAAUCAUUUUCUCCUUUAGAUGUAAACUUUGCCAAUUAUGGCACUCUCAAUCGUAUAGACCAAGAAAAUUAUUUCAAUUACGAAUAUGAUAAAACUGGAAAUGAUACUAACAAUGUUAAUCAGAAUGGAACCAACAUCUGUGAAGAAGCAAAAGAGAAUUCUCCUUUGAUCAAAGUGAAUCAUGAAAAAGCCAAAACAGAUGUGCUUUUUGACAAGAACGAAUUAGAAUGUAUUACCACUGCACGUGAAUAUACUAAACUUGAGGGUCAUAAUAGCAAUAGUUUGAAUUCAUAUCCCAUAGUAAAUCCUGAUGGGACACUACAGGAGGUUAUUCAAACAUGCUAUAAUGAACGGAAUGCAGAAUACCAUGAUUCACAUACAACAUCGGUUAAUGUUGGGGAAAAGAUCGAUAAGGUUUGUUUUUCAGAUAAAAACAUAAUUGAUGAAAAUACAUGUUUUAGUGCAUCAAAUUUGAAUAAAGAAAAUUUAAACAAUGAAGAAGUAAUGAAUCUGUACCUUUACCUGAAAAAACACAGUUCUGAAUUCGAGAAAAGAGGAAUAAACUAUGAAUACAGCUUGUUAAACAAGAACAUGUUAAAAGAUGUGAAAGAAUAUGCUGUUAACAAUAAAAAGUUCAUUUUUAGAAAGAAAAAAAAACACCCGCUUAAUAUAUAUAACAAUGAAUGUAUAAACAUAUGCAGAGAUUAUCAGUACCCAUUUUAUUCUCCAGCUACAUCUGAUCUAUCAACAGAUGAUGAAAAGUUAGUAUCGAAAAAAGGAAUCAAAAAAAAAAAAAAAAUUAACAACAUGUUUGGAAAUAAUGAUACAAAUAAAAAUUUGAAUCAUACGAAUGCACGACAUCGUGAAAAUGAACAAAACCAAAUGAUUAUCGAUGGGUAUAAGAACAGCGAAGAUAAAAUGAAGGGAUUCACUUCCAAUUGUGAGACUAGUAACACAAAUAUGUUAAGAGAAAAAGGGGAGGAGAAAAUCAAAAAUAUUCCCAUCAGCAGUAACAGUAAUAACAAUCUAAAAGUUCCAAGUGUCAAUUUAAAUUCAUCUAACGAAAACAACAUUUCAAGUGAUUUAAUUGCUGGAUAUGAUUCUGAGAUAUCAUUCUGCUCUUCAGCAAACUCAGAUCUGACAUACACAUCAGAGAGUUCAUCUUAUUAUUUGUCUAACGCAGAACAGUCAUUAGAAUCUGUUUAUAACAACGAAAUAUAUGAUCAUAAAAAGAAAAGAAAAAAAAAGAGGAAAAAGAAAAAAGUGAACAAAAUAAAAGAGAUUAAGGAGAUAAGAGAAACUAGUGCCACCUUGCUGGAUGGAAGGAAGGGAAAUGAAAUGAUGAACCCAUCUGUUUUAUCUCAACAGGAUAUUGAAUUUCAAAAGAACAUUUUUAAUUUAAAUUCGGAUGAUGAAAAAAUAGAAGCAUAUGUUGACUUUGAUCGUCUGAGGGGCACAACAAAUAAAGCUAGUAGUUAUCUAGGUUCCUCAGAUGACAGAAUACAUCAAAAUAAGAAGAAUUCUAAAUCCAAGACAGAUGAAACCGAACAUCGCCAUGGAUAUGAUAAUGUUGAUAAUAGGAUCGAUCACACUGAUAAUUGUUUUCAGAAAGGACAGACUGUGCAAAUUAAUCCAAGUGAGGAGAAAAAUCCCGAUUAUCUAAUAUUCCCUGAACCGAGUUCUAUGUAUACAAAUUAUGCAAAACAUGAAAAGGACGAUUCAAGGAGUUGUAACGCAUUAUACUUACAUGAAGAAAAGAAUGAUGUAACAAAUGUUAUCAACACAUGUAACACAUCUGUGUUGAAAAAUAACAUUAGUAAUAAAAUUUUAUAUGCAAGAGAAUCAACUGAGAAGGAAGUUCCUAGAAGCACCAACUCCACUAAUGGAGAUUGCAAAUUGUCGGAUAACAUGAUUUGCACUAACAAAGAAAAUAAUACAAAUGAGAGUACAUACUUAUAUGACAAGAACAAAGAAGAUAAUGAUUCCCAUAAUAGAAACCUUGAAGUCAUUUCAGAAUAUGUGCAUCAUAAUUAUACUGAUCGUGGCAUAAUAAAUCAGAUUUGUGAUAAUGCAUCAAAAGGAAACAAUAACAUUAUUGAUGUUCAUAACAAUGUUGAAAAUGAUGCAAUUGUAGAUGAACAGAUGAACGAUAGAAGUAGAGCUCUGUUGCAAGAAAAUAUGAACAGCAUAAACAGUAUGAAUGUAAUGGGUUCUAACACACGAAUUAUUGCUUCCCCAAGGAACGCUCUUAUUAAUGGCAGCAACAAUGGCAACAACAAUAGGAGAAACGAAGUUGAUAAGAAAAGAAGAAAGAAACCAUUAUCAAAAAUUAUUAAAAAAUGUGGAGGAUUGAGAGAUAAGGAAGAACCUAUUUUGCCAUUUUAUGUUAUUUGCGAUUACCUAGAUUUUGUCGAAAGAAAAAUAUAUGUUAGCAAAUUUCGAUUCAAAUUAUAUGAUCCGAUUUACCAACUAGGGAAAUAUCGAAAUUGUGCAGGUGUUGUUUUAAAAAAAGAUUUGAAAAAAAGUUGUUUAAAUUAUAUAGAUUCUUAUUUCCUAUUUUUAAAAAAAGAAUUAUGUAAAAUUGAUCUCGACAUUGAUAUAAGAUGUCCAACAAAACAAAUAUUUAAACACAUAUGUUACAGAAUGAACGUAGAUCCUACACACGUAUUGAUAUUUCCAUAUCCUCCUUUAAAUACACCUGUUAAUUUUACCCCAUAUAAUAUAGAUUCUUUUACAUAUAACUCAGAUUCGGAUGGGGAAUUUUAUGAAAAAAAUGACAACACGACAUCAUACGGUCCAACGCCAUUUGAAUCAUUAAUAAAACAACAUGCCAUAGCCCUGGAACAUAAUUCCCUGACAGAACAGAAAACUUUUUGUUUAUCACUUUUGCCAUUUCAUUAUAAAUAUUUCUCUAGACUAUAUCCAGAAGAAUCACCCCAAUACUUCCAUUAUGUAGUGCAUUUGUUCAACUCCAAUGUUCAAUCUGUUGCUGCUUUCACAGGACAUAUUAAAUUAAAAAAAAACGUACAUAAUAAUUGUAAUAAUAUAAAAGAUAAUAAUUAUUAUAAUCAUCGAGAUGAAGAGUCCAAUAGUGAUUUUGAAGAAUCAUCAAAUUCAGAUCGUUCAAGUAGUACAAUGGCCAAUCGUGAAUAUAUAUCGAAUCAUUAUACUACUGUACAGGAUUUAAUUGAUAAAAUUAAAUUAGAAAUUAAUCCAUAUUUGAAAAAGAGGGGAAUAGAUGUUAAGCAAAAAUUUAGACUACUAUUUACUUUUGGUCCAAAAAUUAAGUACCUAAGUAAUGAUGAACAAUUAAUACGAAUGGAUUUUGUAAAAACGAAUCACAUCAAAAAUGUCUAUGUUACCCCCUUAAGAAUGGAACCUGAUUUUACAGAUGAGCAGAAGCGCUUGAUAGAAAUGGGUCAACUAAAGAUAAUUCACGUUUUCAAUCAAACACCAUCCAAGGAAAUUUUCGGUUACAGCUUUGACGUUCUUGUAGAUCCCAAGGACAACAUGCUUGACAUUAAAAAUAGAAUAAGGAAAAGGACACUCCUUCCCAAGUAUAUAUUUGACAAAAUAACAUUUUUCGAAUUUGAAAAUGGACAAAGAAUAUGGAGAUCGAAUGAUGACACGAUUAAUUGGAAAAACAAGCAGUUUUCCAUCAUUAUAGGUGAACAUCAUGCCCCGUCCCAAUCAAAACCACAAAUGGGAAUGAAAAUAGCAUAG